AGCAGUGGGCGCAAGGUGGGGGUACACCCUGGAGGGGAUACCUGUCCAUCACAGAGCACACACAGAGACACUUUCACAGCAGGGCUAGUCUUCCCAGCAGACAGUAUGCCUUUGGACUGCUGGAAGAAAUUGGGGCACCACAGCAAAUCCGGGGAGAACAUACAAACUCCACAUAGAUAGCAGCCCAGGUCCAGAAAUCAAAUCCAGGGCCCCAGCACUGUCUAAGUAUCUACACUAUCAGAUCAUUGAUGCUUUUCUUUGGGUAAAGAACUCUGCUUCUUUAUCCAUUUACCUAUUUUUACCCACUUUUUACAGUUCAGUGUCAGGGAGUCGGAGCCUAUACCGGUAAGGAACAGGCACAAGGCAGGCUACACCCUGGAUGGGAUGCUAGUCCAUCACCGGGCAGGCACAUAAAACACACACUCACUCACACCAGGGCCAAUUGUCCCAAGAACCAAUUAAUCUAUCACUAUGUGCAAAUGAAGAAAGCACAUGAACAUAUAAAUUUCAUGCAGAUACAGUAGUACCCCAGAAACUGAACCCUGGGCCCCAGCUCCAGGAGGCAGAAAUGCUAACUACUGUGCCACCGUGCCACCCUCUUCAAUGAGAAUAUCCUUCAGAAAUUUUCUGAAUCUUCACGAUGAUUUCUUUUUCCAAUACAUGAAUCGUGUGUAUUAUGAGUGAAGGUCUCAGUGACCAAUUUUUUUCAAUUAAAUAUGCAGCAUCCUUUGGCAAGGAAACAACGCUUCAAACCAGUAUGUGCAUAUUGUGAUUCUUUCCAAAAAAGUGAAAUAAGUUUGCCUGCACUCUCAUUUCUGCAGUUUUUUAUACUUGCAGAAUCAUGGAGAAGACAUUAAACACAUGCGGUUUGUUUUAUGGAAUCAUCAAUCUGAAGAAGCAAAGGAACUCUUUGUUUAUUGUUUCAUUGCUGAUUUCAUUAUAUGUCGUCUUUCCAAUUAAUCCCUAAGAGUGCAUUGAGAUACAGUAAAUACCUAUUAUCUCCAACCCAGCAGGCAAAUGACUCUUAAAAAACGUUGGAUUCCAGCAAGCAUACAAGUAGGUUCAUGGAAAGCUGAAAGCAUCUGGAAAUUAAUAUUCAUCUGCUAUGUCUGUCUCAUCCUAUGGUGUUUUCUGUCUCCCCCACAUCUGCCUGUAUUGGGGUUGACUUUUUCUUUAAGACAAGCAUCCUAAAACCACAAGGUUAAACCUACAGUCCCUGUGUGAGAAUGUGUUUUCUGAUAGGUCUGUUAUAAUCAGCAAGUACCGUUAGGUUGCUCUUCCAGCCUCUGGUCACAUUCGCCGUUAGAGAAGUUGUCUGUCCUUUCAAACCAAGAUUGACUGAUUCCCUGGGCUGAGAGGUUGGUCUCCUUGAGCUUUCUGGCAUCACACACAGGAUUUUCUACACUGGUGACAGAAUCGCAGCCCAUCUUGAUUUUGGCAAACUAGCUUACUGGUGUGUGCAGCCACAGUGUGCCAGUGAGAAGCUGUAAAUGUGGAAGAGGUGAAAGAUUCGGACUGGACUCGUCUUUCAUUUCCUGCCAAGCCCAGCAAGCAGAGGGACAGGUCAUGGAGGGGAUGACAAUGCAUGACAUCGAAUGGGAUCAGAGGAGCUGAUUAGGCAAGAACUCUCGUCACUGUCUUCAAUUCCUCCAGCAUAAUUAACAGCAAGCUUUCUUAAAAAGUUAAAGGGAUGUCAAAGAACCAGACCCUUUGAGUGUUCUGCUAAUUACGUUCCUUGCGGGUAGUCUGAAUCUUUAUGCCCCAAGUUGCUGGGCGUACAAAAAGGCAGCUACCAAAUAAAGAUCCUAUGUCAAGUCAAGCACAAAUGCUUAGGUCGGCGCAUCAAAGAAAAACAGGAAGAUACAUCUUUAAAGGAAGAUAAAGUUCACCUUUCAAUUCUUUGAAAAGUGAAAAGCUUGCAAUGUCAAACAGGCUCGUCCAUUUGAAGUUAAUCAGUUAAUAAUGUGGGCAUUGUUUGUUAUGGAUUAUUCCAUAUUGUAACAUAGUUUCUGCUUCUUGCCAUGCAUUGCGGAUCUACCCAUGUGGGAGUCUCUCUUCAGAGAGAGAUGUCUCCAGCUGCUUGAUACCUUGUCUCUAGGCAGGGGGUGGGGACUGUCCCAGUGGAGCUCUGAUUGUUUUCUCAUGUCAUUUCGUUCUGGCAGGUCGAGGACAGGUCUGUCGCUCUUCUUGAGUUUCUGCGCCUGCUGCUGUCUUGUACAUGACUUACAGCAGUCAUUCUGGAAAAUACGUUACAGGACACUAAAACAGCCUUUUGUUCCACUUAGGCUUUGCGAGGAUCUAAAUUAAGGCAUCGUGACUUGUAAUACUAUGAUACUUUUACAAUUACUUGAAAGUUGCCCAGAUAAUGCUUAAAUUAGGGUCAGAUAUUAAAUAUUGUACAUUACAAGCAGCCUUAGCAACUGGUUUUGUCUUUCUCUCUUAACUUAAGGAAUGGUCAAUAUAAUAUAACAAUGAAACCCUGAAGGCCAUUGGUUUAAAAUGCUGACUGCUGGAAGACAAAGAGUUUCUCCACAUUACAAGACAUACCUUAUUUUUUAUAGCUACUUGCAUCCGAACUUGACCCGAUUAAACAGUGUCUUUCAUAUAUAGGUCUUUUUUUUGUUUAUCAGUAUUUAAAGGGUCAGUACAUUUGAUUUACCAUAGUGUCUUUAAUGUUUUUUUGUUAGCCGUGUGCUUUCUUACCAGUGCAGUGUUUUAACUACUGAAUAAAUUGUUACCACCAGAUCUAAAGAUACCACUCAGACUUGAGAAAUGUUGGAAUAAAAUCUGAUACCAUGUUUAUUGCAGUCCCUUCAGACUAAGACAUUAUGUUUCAUUUCUGUUCAAGGGAGGAGACAUUUUAUUUUAAGAAGUUUAUAGAGUGUGAGAUAUAUGAGCUGUUUCGUGACAGACCUGGAAGCAAACAUAGGGAAGAACUGCAAUUCCAUCUCAGUAGCAAUUUAAGAAUCUCGGCCAUUUGCUUUUCUAAAGCUCCUUGUACUGUUCAAGUUAUUUUUUUUUUACUAAAACAUUAAUUCCUUUGGAAUAAAUAAUUUUCCAGCUAUUUUACUACAACAAUUAAAGACAGAUAUCCAGUGGAAUACUUUGAAGGCAUCCUUCUCUCUCAGACAAUAGGCAAUGUUCAUUGUAUUGAAUACUGUAAACUAUGUAUUUUGUACAGAAACAUGUCAAAAGUGUUCUUUUGUGCUAAAGAGUAAAAAGCAAUAUUAUGGUGGAUGGUUCCGAUUUAUUUUCACAACUUCGCAUUACAUCAGAAAGACCUCUAGGCUGUGCUGUCGGCUUACAUUACAGAUUCCAUUUCUUAGGUGUGCAUGUGACUCCUUACUGUAGGCUUGCUAUGAGAUCUGUUAGAGAAAGGGAAAACAUUUCCUGAAGUGUGUUUGUAAGAAAGAGAGAACAGAAAAGAAACAGGAAAAAAAGGUGAUAAAAUCAUUGCAAGCCUUCUGAAUCCAUCUAAUAAACCGCAUCCUUAUUUUCUUAAGUGUGUACAAGACAGUGGUGAUUUUUCACUUCUUUUUCCAGACCUGCAAGUGGAAAAUGUACAUGGAACUUGAUGGGGAUGACAUUGCAAUAGCCUACAUAAAGGAUGUUACUUUUAAUGCUAACAGACCAGACGUAGAUGUGACUAAGAUGACCAAGCCUCCAUUUGUAAUGGACAAGUGGAUCCUUGGAAUAAGUGAGAACCAGGUUGUGGAAUGUAUUGUCAAUUAUGAGAAUGAUGUCAGAUCUCCGAAGACAACCAGGCACAACCAUACAGUAGAGCUGAACCCCACAAGUAACCAAGAUCACAUCAAAACAGUAGAGCUGGUGAUACAGACUGCUCCACCAAAUGCUGAAGGAAAACCAAAAAUAGGAUCAAAUCCUGAUGCGGAUCCCCAUUGGAUGUAUUCUCUGAGGAUCCAACAGCUGCGGAGGAACGCGACAGAGCCCCACCACGCGGCUCUUUCUCCCGCCAGCGGGGCCAGCGUCAAGAGUUUACCUCAGUUCCUGACCUUCUGCGCACCGCAGGGCUCGUACGCAGCAGCGGUACGGAAGUCCCCCAGCACUCUUGCCCCCUUGGUUGACUCCCGCAGCUCGUCCCCCACGGCCGGGCUCACGAGGAAACUCUCCUCAGUCCACAUGGGCUCCAAGGGCAGCAGUCCCUCCAGCACGGCUUCCGAAAGCACCUCGGAGAGGGACAGGCCCUUCGGGGGGAAGACUGCAGCCCGUCCCCACAGAAACCACUUCCCCGAGCAGGCCUUCAGGGGGACGAGAGGCCACUGGAGAGACUCGUUCUCGCCUCCAGGAGCGAAGCCAAGCCGGCAUCACCAGGCGGGAAGGCCCAAACCACAGAGCUACGCCACGGCAACGCAGCACCCUCCCCGGGGCAUUCCUGGCUUGCAGCCGGCGGAGGGCGACAGCAGGGGCUCGGAGGAGGCCAGGGCCGGCGAGGCAGGCUGGAUCAAAGUGGAGCGGCAGAAAAAGCCACACAGGCAGGACGCGAAGCCGCUGAAAGGCAGGCCCAGAAGAGGAGGCCGGGGGAGCGGGCGAAGCUGAGGCCGCGCGCCACUUGAGAAACUGAACCUCUCUGCCAUUGUUUACACACUCGAGCCCCUCUCCAGCGGGGCUGUCGCGCGGCAUGGCUCCUUCGCGGGCACAAACGCGAACGCAGGCCGUAGUGUACGGCGCAUCUUUUUGACAAUACAAUGAACUUCCCACACCUCAGAAAGCGGGCUGUGACUUUCUGUGACGUGCUGUUAACAUGCACUGGGCAAUGUGAAAAAUGUUAAGUCAAACUAAACCAGGCAAUUAUGCUAUCAAGCGCACUACAGAAAGAAAAAUCUUGUUUUCAGCAGAACUAUUUUAAAAGGUUAUCGCAAACCUAUUAUUAAUAACCGAAUUAAUUUCUAAUAUGUAAUAAUAUGAAUGUCUUAGCACAAAUCCUCAGAACCAGAUUCAGGACCUGGGGCACUUUUUUUUAAGAACUGUCCGGUUUCAUGUUUUCUACCUCGGAUGUGCGUGGUUAUCCAUACAUUAGAUGGGGUAUACAUACUGUAUACUUCACGUCGCAAAUCAUUAGCUUUAUAAACUGUGAUGUGGUCAUGAGAUUAAAACGAUUCGUAGGGGCAAGAAUAAAGAUAGCAUGGCUGUCAAAUUUGAUGAUUUAGAGAGAAUUCGUUACUACUGUUAAUUGUACAGUCAGUAUGGUUGAUUGCUAAAAAUGAUUUUAUAAUUAGUCAAUGCAGUUAUUAAUAUCGAUUUGAUAUAAUACUAGUAAGAUUUUUAUUUUUAAUAGCAUAUUUUUUUAAAAGAAGUUUUAUUUGUAAUAGCAUAAAACAUAGUAUGUUUAAACGGAUUUUGACAUGUAAAAUGUUUAGCGGAAAACAACAUGAUAACACGCAAGAUACUCCCGAGUGCUGUUUCUAUUUUUAAUGACGGUAGAAUAUUAAUACAGUACGUUUUUCACCUAACGUUGUUUUGCUUUUCCGUGAUGUUCAGAUUCGUAAACUUAUUUGGUAAAACGUGUCUCCUGCGCUUUUCAAAACAUAGCAUUUUUUGUAUCUUAAUUCAAGAUAAAGAUAUUGUAUUGUGUACAAUAUCUGUACAAUAUGCUGUAAAGCUGUAUCGCAUUUGACCAUUUACAAAACGCACAAACUACCAUUAAAAUAUUUAAUGUACA